GCAGGUGUGUUGAAGCAGGGUUGGGGCAAAACUUUGCAGGACAGUGUGUCCCAAUGAGGAGGGUUGAAGACCUCUGUAACAGCAUAUGCAUGAAAUACUUUAAAUACCUAAAUAGGAUAUUUAGUAGGCCUUUCUAGGGUUCUAGAAAGUGAUGUAAUCUCGGUCCACACCUCACUGGGAAUGUUUGUACGUGAUGCUUGAAGGACGCUGCUUUGUUCAAGUCUAACAGGUUUACACACGGUUGAUCCUUUACAGAGUUAAAACGUCAGGCUCGACAACACACAGCUGCCAACAUGUCGAAUUCAAUGAUAGUCACACAGCCACAACCUCUUAUGAUCUCCAGAGAAUCGGAUAAAUGGGGAUCAGGCGUUUGUGAUUGCUGUGAUGAUGUGCCUGAAUGCUGCUUUGGCUUCUGGUGUCACUGGUGUUUUGCCUGUGCGAAAACCAAACGCUUUGGCGAGUGUUUAUGUCUCCCCCUGCUGGAUUUAUGUGGGAUUGUUCCACCCAUUACGCUGUCCAUGAGAGUCUUGAUGCGCAAUCGUUACGGGAUUAAGGGCACCGUUUGUAAUGACUGUCUGAUGGCCACAUUCUGCAGAGCCUGCGUUUGGUGUCAGAUGUCACGUGAGAUGAAGGAUCGAUCUAUCCAGAUCACACUUGUUGGUGCAAAGAAUCUUUAAUCUCUUAUAAAGAGUUUACAUAUAGCAUCAAUUCUACAACAAUCAUCUAUGAAGAGAAAAAUGUCAACUGAAACCCUGAGACUCAAAGACUUUUAUAAUCAAAUCUGAAUGAUGUUGUACUUUGUAAAACUUUUUUUGCAUUUAAUUUUAUAAGUAUAAUCAAUGUGCAAGUCAUUUCAACUUGGAUUUUUUUAUCUCGACUAGUGAAUUGCUGUAACUUAUAAAGUUGAAUUAGCUUGACAUAUUUCAACUUUAUAAGUUACAGCAACUCACGAAGUUAAAAUAAUCAAAGGUGAAAAUCCAAGUUGAUUAUAGUAAUUAAUUUAAGUGCAAAAAAUUAUGUUGUAAAAUACUUGUUUGAAUAGUAUGUCAAUAAUCUGUAAAUCACUUUUGAUAUUUUUGGAGAGCCACAUGAAUAUGCUAUUUUCUACUGAUGUUUUGUCUGUGUUUUAGUCCUGUGUGUUUAGUGAUAUUGUUAAAAAAUAAAUGAAUGUACAGUACUGUUA